UUCUCAUCGCUUCUUUCUUUUGAAGUCUCCAAACAGAGUUCGAUGAAUCCGCUUAACCGCGUCGACCAAUCAGAACACGAUGCGCGUUGAGCGCGAGGUGAAGCGGCGACCGACAAUUGGCUGAGGUGUUUUUUUCCGAAGGGGCGUAUUUUUCAAGCCAUCUUGACUGAAUAUUUAGCCUCAUCCAAGGAACAUUAAUUUGAUAUCUUCGGGAUUUAGCCACCCUUAAGUCUGGGACCAGUAUCGUUUGAAAGCUUGAAAUCACAACCACGAAACCGGGUCGAGUUUGCGUGUUUGACCGGAGUCACCGCGGAGAACCGGAGCGCUGAAGAUGACGCUGUCGCUCCUGAAAUUACCGGCUAGCUAAGCUAAGCUAACGGCUAGCAUGUCCGCCUUGGUUGUAGUCUGUCACUAGCUGACAUUUAGCUAGGUGCAGUUAUUCUGUUUGGCACGCGCACUGCAGAGGACGAUUUCACAAGGAGCUGGUGUAAACUCCCAUGCGGAAGGUGAGGAGGUGGGAAUGUGAGACACUUGUUAGCGGAGCCAACAUGGGUCGGGGUCGAGGCAGAGGGAGGGGACGGGGCAGGGGGUCAUCCGGCCAGCUGCGCCCCCCCUCGCCCUACAGACUGCAGCUCUCUCCGUCCAGGGAGACUUUGACAUAUGCUCAGGCACAGAAAAUAGUGGAAGUGGACCUAGAAGGGAGGCUCCAUCGGAUUAACAUCACGGACCCUCUGCCGGUUAUCACCGAGGACGAGAUGAUGGCGCAGGACAUUGCUGAGUGCAACAGCAACAAGGAGAACAGUGAACAAACGCAGAGUAAAACCAAAUCGUGGAGGAAACCAUCAAACAGUAAAAGCAGGAGAAGUGGCAAAAAUACAUCGCACCAGAACCAGCGGGCCAGCUCCCAGCAGCACACUGGACCCACUAACUCCCUCCAGCAGCCAUCCCACCAAACCCCUCUGCCCGAGCCCAUCUUUCGAGUGCUGACUUCAGUUUGCCCCUCAGAGGCGUCUCCUCUCCCCGCAGCCUACUACCGCUACAUAGAGAAGUCGAUGGAGGAGCAGGACAGCGUGGCUGAGUACGACAUGGACGAGGAGGACCUGGCCUGGCUGGAGAUGGUGAACCAGAAGAGGGUGUCUGACGGCCACGCCUCCGUUUCAGCGGACACUUUUGAGCUGCUGAUCGACCGCCUGGAGAGGGAAUCCAUCCUGGAGUCCCGCAGCCAGGCUCUGUCCCAGAGCACCGUCGACGAGGACGCCUUCUGCUGCGUCUGCCUCGACGACGAGUGUCUGAACAGUAACGUCAUCCUGUUUUGUGACAUCUGCAAUCUGGCCGUCCACCAGGAGUGUUACGGCGUGCCCUACGUCCCCGAGGGUCAGUGGCUGUGCCGCUGCUGCCUGCAGUCCCCCUCCCGUCCUGUAGACUGUGUGCUCUGUCCCAACCGAGGAGGUGCCUUCAAACAGACAAGCGAUGGACGUUGGGCCCAUGUUGUCUGUGCCAUAUGGAUCCCAGAGGUGUGCUUUGCCAACACAGUGUUUUUAGAGCCUGUCGAGGGCGUUAAAAACAUCCCGACUGCUCGCUGGAAGCUCACAUGCUACCUGUGCAAGCAGAAAGGCCGAGGAGCGUCCAUUCAGUGCCACAAAGCCAACUGUUACAGGGCAUUUCAUGUCACCUGCGCCCAGAAGGCCGGCCUCUUCAUGAAGAUAGACCCGGUCCGGGAGACCGGCGUCAACGGGACCACCUUCUCCGUGAAGAAGACCGCUUUCUGUGAGCAUCAUUCUCCAGUCGGGUCUCGGCGGGACGGGUCUGGAGACGAGUCCGUUGAAGGGAGACUGGUGGGGGGCAGAGGGAACCGGGCUCAGAGGUCCUACACUCAGAGCCCCCCACCGCCACCGCCAAACAAGAAGGGUACCAAGGGCCAGAAGAAGAAGAAUACCAAGAGGCCCGGCGGGUCGACGCGUCGCUCCACUGUGCCUGUGCUGCUCGUGCCUCAGAUCCCCUCUCACAGGCUGAACAAGAUCUGCACAGGAGUUGAAGUCCAGAGGAAGAAUCAGUUCAUGCAGCGGCUGCACAACUACUGGUUACUGAAACGACAGUCACGAAACGGGAUGCCUUUAAUACGCCGACUUCAUUCCCAUCUACAGACCCACAGGGCCGCCGAGCAGAGGGAGCCUGACGAGAAGCUGUGUGCUGCAAGAGAGGAGCUACGAUACUGGCAGAAGUUGAGGCAAGACCUGGAGAGAGCCAGGCUUCUGGUGGAACUCAUCCGCAAGAGAGAAAGGCUAAAGAGAGAACAGAUGAAAAUCCAGCAGGCUGCUCUGGAGUUGAAGUUGACCCCUGCGUUGGUGCUUCUGCGCUCCACCUUAGACCAGCUGCAGGAGAAGGACACAGCUAAAAUAUUCUCUCAGCCGGUCAAUCUAUCAGAGGUCCCAGAUUACCUCGAGUUUAUCUCCCAACCCAUGGACUUCUCCACCAUGUGCACCAAACUGGAGGGCCACGCCUACUGUUCUAUCACGGACCUGGAGAAGGACUUCACCCUCAUGAUCUCCAACUGCCUCAAGUACAACUCCAAGGACACCAUGUUUCACAAGGCAGCCUUACAGCUCCGAGAGGUGGGCGGGGCCGUCCUCCGCCACGCCCACAGGCAGUCCCAGAGCAUCGGGCUGGACCCCAGCACCGGCAUGCACCUCCCCGAGUCCCCCAACAAACACGGCUUCUACAACUGUACGUGGGACGACGUGGACUCUCUGUUGGACCCAGAGAACAGACUCCACCUAACCACAGAGGAGCAGCUGAAGGCCUUACUGGACAAACUGGACGUGGUGGCGUCCAUGAGGACCAGUGGCGGUCGAACCAAACGCAUCAGGCUGCUGCGCCGAGAGAUCAACACUCUGAGACAGAAGAUGAACCAGCAGCAGCAAAACUCUCAGUCUGUGAACGGCAACGGCAAGGAGGACGAAGGAAAAGAGGAGGAGGAAGAAGAGGAGGAGGAGGAAGAAGAAGAAGAGAAGGACAAGAAAAAGAAGAAAAAUGUUGAUAAUGGACCUUUGACAGCCGUGUCAAACUCUGUGACAGAUGACUCUCCACCUGUGCUAGAACUCACCUGCCCGGUGUCGUCGCCUCUGCCCGGAGAUGCUCCUCUGGAGCCUCCCGUCCUGGGCAUCGUACCAGGAGGGCGACGGUCUCCCGGGCGCUCCUACAAGCGCCAGAGAUCCUCCCGCAGUGGAAGCAAGAGCCAAGGUGAAGACGAGGCAGAAGUUGGUGAAACGCCAUCUUCACAGCCGGAGGCGGUUCACGAGGUCACUCCUCUGGGAACUCCUCCCACUCUGCCUCUGGUCGGAGUCGGCCGUCGCACAUCUGUUCUGUUUAAGAAAGCUAAAAACGGGGUGCGAAUGGCAAAGAACAAGUCCCCGCCGCAGCAGAACGGGAAAGCGUCUGAGGGUAAAACAAACGGGUUAGAUAGCCCAAACUCACCCAGCGUGACCAACAUCACCACCUUACCUCCCACGCCAAACGCCUCCCCGACACCUCCCUCCCCCUCCUCACACCACCUGAGGUCUAGAGGCCCCAGCUCAGAGAGCGAAGCAGACAAACUGCCUCUAUCACCCCGAGAAGGAGGCCUGACCAAUGGAAAGCACACAUCUGCAGACCAUGAUGAUGACGACCAAAAACUAAACUGUAGUGUCUCUCCACCCAAACGAAGUCGUGGCAAACCUGCAUUGGCAAAAGUUCCCAACAGUGAGAAUGGAGACAUCUGUGGGUCUGGACAGUCUACACUUCUGUCUUUAGAUAGUGAGACCGAGCUCGGACCUCUCGACCUAGUUUGGGCCAAAUGCAGAGGAUAUCCAUCAUACCCAGCCAUGAUUGUUGACCCAGACAUGCCCCAGGAAGGGCUUCUUCACAACGGCAUCCCCAUUCCAGUGCCUCCCGUGGAGGUGCUCAAACUGGGCGAGUGGAGAGAAACGGAAGAAGGCGAAAAGCUCUUCUUAGUGCUCUUCUUUGACACCAAAAGAACUUGGCAGUGGCUCCCUCGGAACAAACUGCUGCCGAUGGGGCUGGAUGACACUGUAGACAAACUGCGCUUAAUGGAAGGCAAGAAGCCCAGUGUUCGCAAGUCUGUACACACUGCAUACGACCGGGCCAUGGUGCAUUUAAACCACGUGAGAGGAAAUCUAAACUUCACUCCCUCCAAUUUUAUAUAAAAUUUUAUCAUCUUAAACAGAUUAUAUGUAUAAAAGCUUCAUUAGCGCUCUUAAAAAAGGAGGGAAAGUAAAAUGAAGGGUUACAUUUCCAACAGCUUGUGGUAUUUGAAGGUUUUCUGCAUUAAAACUGUUAUAAACUCUGAUUUAUAAAAAAAAAACAGAGAGAAAAAGUGCUUGAAGACAUUUUCCUAGAUUAAUUUGUUCAUUUAUUCAUGUAAUUUUUUGUAAAGGAUUUUACACAACCACUGUUGCUAUGUGUUCAUAUAAAAGGUUUUAUUUUAGGCCAAAGUGAGUCAAGACUUGGGUGAGAAAAGUGUAAAUAUUAAAUUGUCAAAGGGAUCGUCUUGAUUCAGAACAUAUUUAGAUUGUAUUUGCCAUUGAAAUGUGUUUUAAUGAAGUGUGAAAGUCCCACUUCAUGUUCAUGUCAUAUCUGGACUCCACAGUCAGUAAAUACAGUCUCGCCAUCAGAAAUUAUUUUCUAAUUCUAAGUGCUAUAGGCGGAAAAUUUGUUUUUCUCCCUCCAUGAAAUUGCACAGCCUUUUACAUUAGCAUUAAUAUUAAACCAGAGCAUUAUUCAAAGAGAAACACAUUAGACAUGUUCAAGCUGGCAUUGACAUUGAAUUAAAAGCUCAGCCUGCAGUGCAGCAACUACAUUUGUAUCCUAAGAUGUUUUCGAGUGUGAACACAUUUUGUUGAACAAUUUCGAGAAAUGCUCAGCAGAUCCAACAAGAUAGGGCUCAAAGAAAAUGUUGAAAUAAAUAGAAACACUGAUAGUCAGACGGCUUGGCCAAAUAAAGGGGACACG